AUGGCACUCGACAGUCUAGAGCCACGGAUCGAAGAGUGCGAGAUACGUGAUCUGGACGAUGCUCGCGGCGGCGCAUCAACCAAAACGCCCUAUGGCGAACGUCUACUCCAGUCUGACAGGAUUCGUCUUUUCACCAUCGAGCACGACACGGGUGCAUUGCGAUUGCGCAUUUCUCCACACAAGUUCCAAGACGACCUCGAAUAUAAUGCGAUAUCAUAUGUCUGGGGAGCAACGGAAGCCUUAACCAAAGUCCCAUGCAACGGGACCGACCUUGUAAUCAGCCCAACCGUACUCGACAUCCUUCAUCAUCUGGAUCGAAGCCGUCCGUGUUGGGUAGAUUCUAUAUGUAUCAAUCAGCAAGACACCGAAGAAAAAGCGGUCCAGGUACCACUGAUGCAUCAGAUCUACUCGCAGGCUGCACAGGUUGUUAUAUGGAUGGGCAUACCUACAAUGCAGAGUGAGAAGUUUAUGGCCGAGUUUCCGAGCUUACUGGAGAAAGAGAGAAAGUGGAAUUCAAUGAUUACCCAGCAUCUUCAACCUUGGAUUGGCGCCAAGGGUCUCCUUGUCACCGAUGAGAAUCUCUUACAGGGCAUGUUACAUAUUCUCAAGAACCAGUGGUUUGAACGUUUGUGGACUUUCCAGGAGUGUGUUCUCGCAAAGCACCCCAUAAUGUUACAUGGACAUCUUUGGAUCAACUUCGACGAAUUUCUCAUAUUCGCUGAGGACGGAUGGUACCAACGAGACUCAUACCUAAUCCACUCUUUGCAAAAUGCAGGUCUCCUCGCUCCAUCACCCAGAUUAUGGGCGGCGUGUAGAUCACUGAAGCUUUUUCGUGAGCAUUUUGAACCAUAUGGGGCAGUUCAGUACAACCGAAUACCAUACCUUCUCCACACGCUACGUAGGCGAAGCGCAAAAGAACCGGUCGACCGAGCCUGGGCAGUCACCGGAUUGUUUAGCGAAGCUUUGAGAUCAAAACUAGACCCAUUCGUCGAUUAUAGCGACAACGGUCGGUUGGACUUCUGGAGAACUCACAUACUGUUUGCGAAAACUAUCAUGGUCGAAGAACAAACGCUAGGUCUAUUGACGAUACCUCCAACAACUGAGGAGAGACCCCAUUCAGUCCCAUCUUGGUGCCCGGCUCUCGAAGGGACGUUCAAAUGCAGUAUGCUGACGAUUGGUGCAUGGAACGAACAGAUUAGCGGACAGAAUCAUGCACCGCUCCUCGAAGACAUCGUGGAAGAAGCGGACCGAGCGCGAUCAGUCAGUGCUUUGGACCCGCUGUCAAGUCAGUACAGGUCCCGCAGGGUUAUCGCAUUCGAGAAGGACGAUGCAUUCUUGAAGACAUGCGGUUAUGUGAUAGAUACAAUAUCAGAGGUCGUGGAGGAUCCUCAGGCGCAAACAGGGUUCAACUACAUGAUGAGCGUAGAUGCGUCAACGCGCUUGAUCAGCAAUCCUAUACACGCUGCGAAUGUGGACGUUUACGCUCGCAGUCUCCUUCUAGCUCGUCGUACAGCUCAUUGCACAAAUGAUAGUAUUGAGAGUAUACCCCCCGAGUAUUUGAUGACUCUGCUUUGCGAUACCAGACUUUCUAGGGAAGCAACUACCGCUUACGAAGAUGCUUGGGCUGUACUCACCGAUCGAGAACACAACAAUUUCGAAGGGCUCUUCGCCGAGCGGCGAUUGCGGGCGAUCACAUUCUAUAACAGACUGUUGAACCUUCCUGGCCAUUCCUUCUUCAGUACCGCUAGCGGUCGAUUUGGUAUCACGACGGCAGGAUGCAAGCCCGGUGAUGAAAUCUGUGUCUUCUACGGCGAAGAUCCUCUUCACAUACUACGAUGGCCGGAAUCCCAGAGCGAGAACAACAAAAUCCAUGGCGAAGGCCCCGCUGAGUUCUGUGGUGUCGCAUUCAUCCCUCAUCUAAUGAAGCCACACGAGCAAGAAGCGGCUCGACUUGGACCAGACGAGAUCUUUAUUAUUGGGUGA